GCUCCAGUUCCUCUGCUCCCAGGGGUCGGCGGCGGCGGCGGAGGCUGCAGAGAGGUGAGCGCUGGUCCCGGAGUCCUCGGCUGCGCAUUAUUCUCUGUCCUCCUCCCGAGACCCGGGUCUCUCCUCUGCAGGUCUGAUCCUGGGCACGACUGGCACUAACUCUGUGUCUCUGCUCUGCCCACACCAUGCCCACCUGCCUGCUCCUCAUUCUGCCCCUGCUCUUCUUGGGCACCGUGACCCCUUCCCCAACCAGGAGCCCCUCAGAGAGUGAAGAAUUCCUGGAGGCUGGUGGUGCCUCCCAAAUGGAUCCUAUGUUCAGCUUUACAGAGGAGGAGGAGAGCCUGAAUGACAUGUUCAGGGAAGUGGAAGAGUUAAUGGAGGACACUCAGUCUAAGCUGCAGAAUGCAGUCAAAGAGAUGGAGGCAGAGGAGGCUCACGGGUUACCAGGAUGGGCCCAGCUACCUCCUAAUUAUCAUAAUGACUCCAUCGUGGAGACGGAGGUUGGAAAUGAAACCAUCAGCAUGCAGAAAGAAAUCAUUAAGAACACGGAUAAUCGCACAGGUUCCACGUUGUACUCACAGACUGUUAUCACUUCUGUGAAGAGUAAAGAGAAACAGCAGCAAGAGUGCAUUGUUGACGAGGACUGUAAAGCUGGGAAUUACUGUCAUUUUGGAGAUUCAGAAUACAGAUGUCUCCUUUGCAAAGUGAUGAAGCCGUGCACAAGGGACGGGGAAUGCUGCGAGGGUCUCUGUGUUUGGGGUCAGUGCGCCAAUGUUUUGAAAGGAGAGGGGGGAACCAUCUGUGAGAGCCAAGAGGAUUGCAACCCCGGAUUCUGCUGCUCAGUUCACUCAAAUCUCCUGUUCCCUGUUUGCACCCCUCUGCCAGUUAAAGGGGAACCUUGCUUCGACCCAUCCAAUAAAUUCGUAGACAUACUGAACUGGGACGUGCAGCCUGCCGGAGUUUUGGGCCGGUGCCCCUGCUCCCUCGGACUAGUGUGCCAGCCUCAAAGUUAUACAUUAGUAUCAGUGUGUGAAGAACCUUCACCAGCUGAGGGCAAAAGAUCUGAUCCUGAGGUGCCCCAGGUGAUCCCUCCAUUCGUAGGCAUCAUGCCCCAGGAAGGACAGUACUAUGAAGAUGGAGCACGAUUGUCGGAUGGACAGUAUUCCAGCCCUUCAGAGGAGAGCUUGGAGUCGCGCUAUGGAGAUCCGUCACUGGCUGGAGCUAAGAGAGUCAAUGUGGAUAUUCCAGAAGAGAUGCUGCCAUUUGUUGGCAUCAUGGAAGAGCGUGCUUACGAGGACAGUAAUGUAGUGCCAACAUCAGAAGGAGUGGAUGCCGGCCCAUUAGAAGAGACAGAACCUGGGUUGGUUGUGGAGAGUCCAUUUGAUGAUCAUGAAUAAGAACAUGAAUUCUAAUCCAGACGCCUAAAGACCUCAUAUGUAGCCAAUUAGACUAAUUAAAUUGCACAAAUAUGGCUGCUUUAGGCCUGGAUUAGCGGGUGUGUAAGGGCCUUUGGAUUGUGAUUGGUGGAUAAAUACAGAGAGGUGGGUGAUCACUGGUCAUCCACAAUACUAAUCAACCAAUCAAGAUCCAGGGAUUGUCUAGUCAUCUCUGUUUGGACACUCAUCGCAAGGAGUUGACCUUGGACAGUUGUCUUUUUCAACUCAAUGUAACUUGGUUGAAAUGACUAAUGGCUUGCUUGUCCCCAGCUUAAGCACCACCAUCUAAUCAAUGCCCGUCUUACAUACACCGGGGGCAUUGUAACCCACAGCAACCAGUCUUUGGAUUGCCUUGCACAAGAUGGCGAAUGGUUGACGACAGGGCCAGAACUUGGUGCAGCCGUCAGGAUGUGCCUGUAGGAUUAAGAACCAAGUUGAACAGCUGCAGAAAACUACCCCUAGGCCUAAAAUCUUGGCCUAUUAGCCCCUAAUGUCUAUCAAACAUCUUGGAAUGGGAAUGGUCUUCCUUUAAUAAUAAGGCCUAGCUUAUUCCAAGUUCACAACAUCCCAUCACUGACACGUCACAGCUACACGAGGGAGCAGCCAUAUUGCUUGCCUCGACACACGUUAAAGGAUAAGUAAACCUUUAAAAUAAGCGAAUGUAAAACUGACGAGGGUGCUAUUCUAAGCACUUUUGCAAUUUAGUCAUUUAUUUUCUU